CCGGCCCGACAAUCGAUGGUUGCUCCCCGCUAGAAAAUGGAGCUGAACGCGCCACUGGUAUUGUUUUGUGUACUAUGUUCAGUGAACGUAGGUGGCGCUGAAGCACAAUUAAAUGGUAGUGCUUUAUCACCGAACCUACUGAAUUUAGCUGAAGGACGUAAUAUCUGGGCAUCGGCCACCUGUGGUGAUGGCAAUGAGAAAGAGGAAUACUGUAUACUUGGAGAGACGAACGUCGGACAGGAUUAUAUCGCUGGGCAGGUAGUACAGGGUCAGCUGUGUGAUUACUGUGAUAUGCGUGAUUCCCGCAAAUCGCACAUAGCUCGCUACGUGAUCGAGAAUAAUAACAAAUACUGGCAGAGUCCGCCGUUGUCUCGGAGUGGGAGGUACAAUGAGGUCAACCUCACCAUUGACCUCGGACAGGAUUUCCACGUCGCGUACGUCUUCAUCGUCAUGGGCAUCUCACCCCGCCCUGGAGUUUGGGCCCUUGAACGAUCCGUGGAUCAUGGAAAGACCUUCACGCCAUGGCAAUAUUUCGCAUCCGACGAGAAUGAAUGCAAGCAUUUCUUCGGCCAGAACGUCUCAUUUACAAUAACCAGUGAUGACUCGGUAAUCUGUGAGACCAAAUAUUCAUCAAUUCUGCCUUUUCAACAUGGCGAGAUCCCCAUUGAGAUACUUACGGGUAGGCCCUCUUAUAACAACUUCUCGUCGUCUGAGUCUCUUCAAGAGUGGUCACGCGCUACCAACAUUAGACUUCGUUUGAUGCGUACGAAAACACUGCUUGCCGACGUUUUGUCCGUCAACCAAAAGGACCCGACAGUCACACGAAGAUAUUUCUACUCGAUUCGUCAUAUCGAGGUGGGCGGUCGCUGUGUUUGUAAUGGCCACGCUUCGCAUUGCAGUCCUACCUAUGAGGGCAAACUUCGAUGUCGCUGUCAGCAUAAUACGGAUGGGGACCAGUGUGAAAAAUGCGAAGGUCUUUAUAAUCAGAAGUUGUGGCAGCCAGCUUCCAUCGAUAAUCGAAAUGAAUGCGAAAAGUGCAACUGUCAUGAGCAUGCCCAUUCAUGCGAAUACAACGCGACGGUUGAAAAGUUGGGAUUGUCGUUGGACAUAGACGGACAGAAACGUGGAGGAGGCGUCUGCAUAGAUUGCCUGCACCAUACGGCUGGAAUUAAUUGCGAAAAGUGCGAGCCUAAAUACUAUAGACAGAUCCACAAAGAGCUAACCGAUACAGACGUUUGCACGAGAUGCCCAUGUGACUUCACCGGAGACGACGCUAAACGCUACUCUGGAGAAUGCGAAGAUGAGACGGCUAGGUGUACAUGCGAUGAAAAGUACAGAGAACCAGACUGCGACGAUUGCGCUGACGGCUAUUACGGAUUCCCUAACUGCAUACCCUGCGACUGCUUCAGGAACGGUACUAAGGGCGGGCUGUGCCACAACAACGGCCGAGAAUGCCCUUGUGAAGUGAAUUUUGGGGGGGAGCACUGCAAAGAAUGCUCCCGAGGAUUUUUCAAUCACCCCGAAUGUCAAGCUUGUGAGUGUAACCCUCGACAUUCGCUGACACCGGAAGUCUGUGAUGCCGUUUCUGGCAAAUGUCAGUGUAGCAACGGUUUUGGAGGGAGACAGUGCGACCGCUGUGAAGUAGGCCACUUCGCUUAUCCCGAGUGUCAAUCCUGCGACUGUCAUCCAAGUGGAGUUACUGAGGGUGUCUGCGACCCAGUUAGUGGAAAGUGUUUCUGCAAACCUGGGUUCACUGGAGAUCAUUGCGAUCGAUGCGCGGACGGCUUCUUCGGACCCGACUGCCAUCCGUGCAAAUGUGACCCUGACGGAAGCGUGAGGGAAGUCUGUAGCGAUAAAGGACGUUGCAAGUGUCGUUUGGGUCGGACUGGUGACAAAUGCGAUAAAUGCGCCGCCGGCUAUUUUACCAAAUACGAUAACAAAACAUGUUUAGCCUGUGGUUGCGAUCGUUACGGUGCGGACGGCGAGAGCUGUGAUGCUGAAGGACGCUGUUUUUGCAAACCAAAUUUUCGGAGUGGAGAUAACUUCAAAUGCAACGUAUGCGCGCCAGGCCAUUACAAAUACCCAUUCUGUGAAGCUUGCAAUUGUAAUCCCUUGGGAACGUCGUCUGAUCAUCAGGGAUGUCAGACCGGUGGAGACACCUUAUGUGUGUGUAAAGAACGUGUGGAAGGCCGUCGGUGCGAUACGUGCAAACCGCUCUUCUAUAACUUACGAGCCACUUCGGAAGCAUGCGAGAAUUGCUUCUGUGAAGAGUCCGGUACUCAUAGCGCUAUUCAAGCCUGUGAACCCCACAAAGGACAGUGCCCUUGCAAAUCUAACAGAGACGGCAGGGCAUGCGCGCAUUGUGUGGCGGGCACUUUUAAACGCAGCGCGGAUAAUAUCUUCGGUUGCGAAGACUGCGAAUGCAAUCCGUCGGGUUCCAUAAAAGAUCAAUGCGAUGAAAGGACCGGUUGCCGCUGUAGAAACCUGAUCGGCGGCGCUAAAUGUGACAAGCCAACAAAGCUUAGUUAUGUCCCGACCUUUCACCAGUUCAUAUAUGAGGUGGAAGCAUUCCGUACACCGAAACGUCCCGAAGUGCGUCAAGGCUCAAACGAAACCGAGUUUCCUGGUUUCUCAGGAAUGGGUUAUGCAAUCUUUAACGAGCUUCAGACAGCUAUAAUAAUCGAUGUGGAGAUAAAAAAGAACUCAAUGCAUCAGGUUGUACUUCGGUAUACGAAUCCAGCCGAUGUCCCUCAGGAGAUGCUGUUUACCCUGACGCCAGGUAGUGACGAGGUGCCUUCGAAACAGUAUAAAGCCAAACUACCUCCUGCUAAGACUCCCACCUUUAUCAAGCUUCCUGCCUUUAAGGACUUCGAGGGAGAUAUCCUUCCAGGUCCCUGGACUAUCCAGAUGGAGUCGAUGAAUGUCGCUGUGGACUAUCUAGUCACUCUACCACAGGAGUACAUUUCAGCAGCCGCUCUCAAAGAAGAAAUCAAACGACCAUGUAAGCUUGGCGAAGAUCGGCCAUGCAGGAAAAUGGCGUAUCCGCCCCUGCCACGUGCUGUAGAGACUUUCGUCGGAAUUCAAGAUUCGGCCGGUGUCACUCUACCAAAGGAGAUUGAUAAUGUCGUUGAAAAAGCAGCUGUGCUCAGUCCAGUAAAACCACUUGACCUUCAACUGAACGGAUUCGAACCGUCUUCGAUGUUCUUCAUUGAGUAUUCUAGCAAAAAACGUCAAGUUGACGAAUUCCGUCAAACGGAACCCAAUGGAGUUCUGCCUGUCGCUCGAGCCGAGGUUAUCUUCGAGUUAGCAAAAAACAGCUAUAAAGCACAACUGGUGUUACCUUAUUGCCGAUAUAGCUUCCUUUGCCGGCAGGUGGUCAUAGAUCCCGAAGGCCGAGUAUUUGAGUCUCCCGAUUUGUGGGGUGAACGUUCCCAGUCCCGAGUAAGGCUGUCGCUCGAAAAUGCUCCAUUAGAUGAGGAGGUUUACAUCUAUAAGAUCGCCGCAGUCCCACGAAGCGUGUACGGACAUCACCUACUUAACAUUAGCACUGUUUGUAUCCGAGACGAGGACUUUUGCCAUGGGCUCAAGUAUAACAACCUUGGGAAAAAGGUUUACUUUGCACAAACCGGCGACUAUAUGGCUAUAGACCCACGCAUUGAGGACAAAAGUCUACGUCUUGUGGAACUAUCUCCAAGCCGGCAGUCUGUAAUAAUCGAUGGCGAGGUUACCCCUGAUGAUGGCCGGGAGUCUAACAGCAAUAUCCUCAUACAUUAUUAUCAGCCGGAUUUUGGAGACUUCGAAGCGGAUGUAAACAUUGAGAACGAAGGCGUAUCCCGUAACGGGAAAGUACGCUUUGCGCACUGCCCAUCAACGACCGGUUGCCGAACCCGAGUGUACGUGGACAAGCCUAACGAACCGUUAAGCAUGCACCUGUCAGGAGUAUACAGCAUUGAGAUAAAACUACCUGUUCGUCGCGAAGACGAUGAUAUGCUAUUGGCCAAGCAUCUCAACAAGGACUACGACGAAGCAUCGCUCGGACCAUACGGUAAAACAUGGCUUGACUACGUGGUGACAUCAACGUCCUUAUCCAGCAAAGAUCUUCGUCCACUUCCUUACGAUCAGUCCCGGAAGUUCCUCGACCGCUGCAUUACCGAUCCCUCGUACCAUGUUGAUCCUGAGAACAUGUCUGAUUAUUGCAAGGAUGGCCUUUUCCGUUUGACAACGUCAUUUAACAACGGCGCACUUCGAUGCCGCUGUAACACAGAGGGUUCGAAUGGUUUUAGUUGCAAAGCGUACGGUGGGCAAUGUUCGUGUAAGCCUAACGUAAUUGGCCGCCAAUGCACUGAAUGUAAAGCCGGAUAUUAUGGAUUUCCUAACUGCAAAAAGUGCCAAUGUCCACCAAACGCCGUUUGCAACAAGGUGACAGGCGAAUGCAGUUGCCCACCCCACGUCGUGGGUGAUAACUGUGACCGAUGCAAGCCGCUUUAUUUCGAUUAUAGCCCACAGGGUUGUGCCUUUUGUGGAUGUUCGGUCUCGGGAGUCAAGCGUGGCAACCUACAGUGUGAUCUAGUCACGGGAGAUUGUGAUUGCCGUGCGAAUAUUAAUGGACGUAAAUGUGACCACUGCCAGGAUGGCUACUAUGGCUAUCCCCAUUGCAAAUUCUGUAACUGUUACCAAGGCGGAGUUCGGAAAGGUGCUUGCGACAAGGAUACCGCGGAAUGUAAGUGCAAGGAGAAAGUCGGAGGACGUUUUUGCGACACUUGUUUGUCGGGUUACUACUUUUUGGACGAAGCGAAUCCCGUCGGUUGUACGAAAUGCUUCUGCUCAAGUAAGACUAGCACAUGUGACUCCGCACCGUUACGAAGAAUAAAUAUUACGGAUCACGACGGCUGGUACCGGGUAACCGUUCACAUGGAAAGCUUGGAAGUGAUUCCAGGAAGCGAAGAGGAACUGGAGGCCAGUACGGACCAAAGCGCCGUUGUAAUUACUCAACUUUCUGACGACCCACCCCAAGAGGGAGAGGUUGUUUACAUCCAAGCACCCGAAUCAUUCCUUUUCAACCGGUUGACAUCGUAUGGUGGCAAACUUACCGUCACGAUCUCCACACAGCUUCAAGGUGACGAGGAAAUCGCAGAACAACAACCCGAUGUUCUUCUAGUGGGAGCUGAUGAGACAUUUAUUCAUGUGAUUGAUUCAGAGAACACACUGCUAUCCAAUCAAAUACAUUAUAGUGUUGUUCUGAAGGAAAGUUCGUUUGUUACGGAAAUGGGUAAGUUCCGUACGAUUGACCGCGCUCAGUUUAUGCAGCAGCUCACCUAUGUAAAGGCGAUACUUGUACGAGUAGCCUACUUCAAGGACAUCGAUAAUGUCGCCAUCUCGGUGACGAUGGACGAUGCCGAGAGUGCUGAUGACAUCGACGAAGUUGAAGACCGCGUUUACGCCGUCGAGGAAUGCCAGUGUCCUUCGGGCUACGCUGGCCUAUCGUGUGAGCAAUGCGCAAGUGGCUAUUUCCGCUCAGGUACCCAGUGUAAGCCGUGUAACUGCCAUGAUCACACCCAAGAGUGUGAUCCUGACACGGGUAGGUGUCUCAAUUGUGAGCACAAUACGGAGGGCGACCACUGCGAAAACUGUAAGGCCGGCUUUUAUAGGGACCCAAGGCAUCCUAAACCAUACGACUGCCGUACCUGUCCCUGUCCUGUGGCAACUCCUGAAAACAAUUUCGCGAUAUCCUGCGAGCUUUCUGGGGAUCCAGGAACUAUCCACUGUGUAUGUCCCGAUGGUUAUUCAGGAAAUCGUUGCGAUCUUUGCGACACGGGAUAUUGGGGCGACCCCACCAAGCCGAACGAAAAAUGUCGACGGUGUGAGUGCAAUGGUAACGCAGAUCUGUCGGUUGAGGAAAACUGCGACAAAGUCAAUGGCACCUGUCUGAAUUGUAAAAAUAACGCGGCUGGAAAAAACUGCGAGAUCUGCGAGGCAUGGUAUUGGGGCGAUGCAGUUGAUAGGAAAGACUGUGCAGACUGUGGAUGUGACCGGCGCGGCGCCGAAAAAUGUGACGCAAGUACGGGCAAAUGCAUUUGCAAGCAGAACGUUGUCGGUCCAUAUUGUGACCAAUGCGCUCGCGACCAUUGGGGCAUUGCUGAUGGCCAGGGCUGUUUGCCCUGUAAUUGUGGACGUGGCGCCAAUUCAACCAAUUGCAACUUGGAAGACGGCAAGUGCAAUUGUAAACCCGGUGUCAGUGGAAAUCAAUGCGAUCAGUGCGCUAAGGGUUACUGGAAUCUAACGGAGAAUGGAUGCCAGCCAUGUAACUGCGAUAUCUCUCACGCUAAAGGAAUGAGCUGUGACACCCACACCGGCGAUUGUGUUUGUCUACCUGGGGUCACCGGCAAACGAUGCGAUAAGUGCCCGGACCGGCAAAAAUUCGUCGAAAACGAAGGGUGUUUAGUAUGCGACGUGUGCCAUCAUCAGCUUCUGGAUAGCACGGAAGAAUUGUUUUCACUGAUGUAUGUCCUUGAAGCUGAGACCGACGACAUCAACUCGGCACUACUGAAUAACCGAGCGUUCGUUCAUUUCACUAACGAGCUAUUAAUGUCCCGAAACGAGAUGAAUCACAUUAGAAACGUGACGGCUGGCUCACAGCUUUCAAAAACAGAGCAAGAGCUGGCUGAGCGCGAGGAUAGCCUACGAGACAUGUCCAACCGUCUUGAUAGACUCUACAAGGACUGGCAAGAUAUAUACAACGAUCUACAGCCUGAAACUAGGACAGCAGAUGAACUUCAAGCACUGCAUGAUCGCAUAAAGGAAAUGACUAGACGCAUGAACGAGUACAAGCAACUUCUAGAAAAUCGGAUCGCCAAUGACAUUCCAAUUAGGGAGAGCCAAGCUGCUAUAUACAAAAAUGAAGCCGAGGAUAUUGCUAGACGGAUGCAGACAUUAAGACUAGACUCUAACACAGAGGCCACAGUUGCCAAUACGCUUCCCCAGGAGCUGGAAGAUUAUGAUCUACGGCCGUAUAUUGAACAAAUCGAUAAGGUUAAAUCAAUAAGUGCGUCAAUGGCCGAAAUGCGGGAAGUCCAUUCGAAAAUUCUCGAUAUUUCCAAACGCGCUGAUCACGAUGUUAGUGAAGUUAAAAAGAUCAUCAGUACUCUAAAGGAGGAGAACAAGAUCAAAAGCUUAAUUGAAGACACGCAAGUUAGGCGUAACACUACAGCAGACACGCUAAAAAAAUUCGAGGACGCUACAAAGGAGGCCAAUAAAGCCAUCGAAGGAAUUACCCAAACAAUUCAACCAGAUCUAAUUGACCUGGCUAAACAACUUCCCGGUAAGCAAAACGAGCUUCGGAUUGCUCAGGAGAAACUGAUGGUACUUAAGCCACCGCUCGCAAUGCAGGUGGACGAAGCGAUACGGCAUGAACAAGAACUUCGGAAGGCGGUUGAGCAAGCACGUCACACGUUCCAUACUGGGAUGGAUAACUCUGCUCGAUAUCUUGAAGCAGCUAACAGGUUCAAGGAUAUGUCUGAAACUGUUGUUAAUAGCGAGAAAGCACUGCAAAUGGGUGGUGAAGGUCUCGAUAAGCUGCAAACUCAGGACAUAGAGAAGAGCGCCACUGGAGCAUUGAAUGUUAGUAAGAACGUAAAAAUGGAUGCGGACAAAGGGAUAAGCGACAUCGAAGAUCUAAGAAAAAGUUUGCGAAACGCCUUUGCUAAACUGACUGAUGCCGAACUCAUCCACCGAGAGCGGCAGGAUAUGCUCCGAACCUUUAACGGUACUCUCGAUACUCCAGCUACGCCGGACUUCAAAGAACUUCCUGAAAUCACUCGUAAGGCAACGCAAGCUUUCAACACAACACAAAAGUUCAAUGAUCUUCUCAAGAAUGGAACUGGCGAAGCAGGUUCACUCGUUAGCGCUCUGAAGGCGAUCAAGGAUGCUGACCGAUACCUCGCCGAGACUGAGGGACUGCUAAAGAACGACGAUCUCGCUAGAAAGCUUAACAACAUUGAGGCUCAAAUCAAUAGCUUCAAUCGCACCCAUUCGAAGAUCUCGGCAAAUCUUGUUAAACUCAGGGAAAAGAUCUUAGUGACCCGCGGAAUAGCCGAUAGCAUUCCCAUUGGUGUAGAAUUAAGCGGGAGACCUGACACUAGGAUCAAGUAUAUUAAGCCGAGCGCACUUCAUGAUAUCAAGGCAUGGAUGGAUAUUAGCAUGUUCGUGAAUACGUCGGCACCUGACGGCGCACUUCUAUACAUUGGUCCUGACGUCGGGAACGGAGUUCGACGUAAACGUCAAGCCGACGCGGCGACCAAUCGAGUCAGCGAAAAUAAAAUUGGAGAGUACAUUCUCGUCAAACUGGAGAACUACCAAGUUUGCGUUGACAUAGCUCUAGAUAAUAGCAAAGUGCAAAAAUUCAAAAAUCAGCGACCCCUUAUCCCCUACAAAGUUCACAUGAUAAAAAUUGAACGAACCGGGACCAAGAUUGAAAUCAGCGUUCACGACGGCGCCGACGAUGAGCAGUUCACAGAAACCAGUAAGAUCACAGGGAGCAGUUUUGUUCUGGCUAUCGAGCCUAGCGACCCUAUUUACAUAGGUCAAGCACCUGGAGAAGUCGGCACAGUAGGCUUUCGUGGCCAAAUUAGCAACGUCGUCAUAAAUAAUGUCCGCAUAGGACAAUGGGAGUAUCGCAAGCGAACAGGCUAUAAGCCGAACGGCUCCAUACCUCAACCAACAAAAAAUAGUUUCCGCUCUCUGCAGACCCCUGUGGAUCAGGCGUUCAGACAUUUUCAUAACGGCUACCUGAUGCUGAACAAGACCUAUUUACACAGAUUCACCAACGAAAUGGACAUUAAGAUUGUGAUUAAGACUCAUACUCCUGAAGGUCUUCUAUUUAUGCAUCACAACCAGGCGCUACAGCGGUAUGUCGUCCUUCAAAUUAGGAACGGCCGACCCGAGCUGGUAUUUGAGCUUGGUGACUAUACAAAAGGUAACUUCUCAGUCAACCAGAUAGUCAACACUGGUAACGAAACGAAGAUAAGCCUUAUUGUGAAUAGAGAAAUUAUCAGAAUGCAAGUGGACGCUGCUGGAACUUCAGCUACUAACCACUACACCAUCUCCCAGAAGGCCAACGAACGGAGGGAAAUGAAGAUUCUCGACAAUAUUAGUCGUAUCUUCUAUAUUGGUGGAAUGCCCCUUAGUGAACAGCCGAUUUACGAGGGCGUAGUAACGACUUCGUACGAGGGUUGCAUUACAGGACUUGAGAUCUCCCAUCAAUCAGUCAGUCUCUCCGAAUACAUUAGCUCACUCGGCACAACGGAAGGAUGCCGUCAAAAAGUUGUAAGGAAACUUUCUCUUGGCGCCGAUACCGGAGACCAGCACAAAUAUCUGAGGUUGAAUCGAUUCGACGACGUGUUUAGUACGGCGACCAUUUCGUUCCGUUUCAAAACCAAAGAAAAGAAUGGUCUCAUAUUCUUUGGUAGACAAGGUGACCCAAUUGACACAUCUCUUACAAUUGCUUUGUCCGACGGAAGUCUCGUCAUUUUCACGAAGCCUGGAGGCGCAUUCGUUUCUGGUUUAAUGCUCAAUCUGGCCGAUGGACGUUGGCAUUAUGCCGUCAUACAAUUGAAGCCUAACAGAGUGAAUGCGGUGAUUGACGACCAGGCACCAAGUACGCAGGUUUGGUCUAGAGCCGAAUGGAAGGUCAAUGCUCCUUUCUUUUUUGGUGGACUCAGCGAUGAGGUAGCGGCAAAAGUUCAUCUAGGAAGUAAGUACGUGCAAGCGCAGUUUAGUGGCUGCAUUGCUGAUUUCACUAUUGAUGAUCACGUCGUGAACUUCGACGAUGGCCAACGUUUCGGGGUUACGCUAUCGUCCUGUAAUGCGGUGACUUUCGAUGAACUUCGUGAGACUGGAGAUGACGACAAGAAAGAUCAGGAUUUCCAAUGUAAACUCAAAUAUGGACCAAGUCUACCCUACGAUCAUCUUUUUAAUAACAGUGAGGCAGCGUAUCGGUACGGAGCUCUGCCGCACACACGAGGCGAAAGUCCAGUCGAUAGCAGGGGUAAGAUUCGUAAUGAAACGGUUGUCGAUCUGGAGUUCCGCGUGGGCCAAUACUUCUCAGAUGGGACGCUGUUCCUUGCCUCGACCGCCACACCUCGUGGACACUUCGACUACGUUCUCAUUUAUCUGACCAACGGAACGAUUAAGGCUGCUUUCGAUUUGCGCACGGGAGCUGUGGUAGCGGAAAUUCCCAAUCGCUUGUAUAACGAUGGCAAAUACCACAAGCUGAAACUGGAACGACGACGAUGGAAUGCCGCGCUAAUUAUCGACGACCAACGAAGCGCCGAUGUGCAGGACAAGGAGAAAUCGGAACAUCUAGAUGAGGUUAAUACUCUGUUUGUGGGAGGUAUGCGUGAAGAGCACGUGACACUAUUUUCGAGGAAAUUCCCUCUCGAUCGCAAUGCGUUUACAUCAUUUCCCGGAUGUAUCAAAAACGUGAUCGUCAACGGUGAACGAGUCGUGUUCGCUGAAUCCUUAAACCGAGUACUGCCGUGCUUACCAAGCCAGUACGUCGAAGAUGGAGCUUACUUCGGCUAUCGGAAGGGCAAGCGGUCCUGGCUAUCGCUGAAUGAACAAAUCAUAUCAGGUUCAUCACGAAUUUCAAUGACUAUUAAGUCGCGACGUCAUUCCAGCAUUUUAUUUUUCUCGGCACAUACGAAAGAAGACAAUCAUCUCGCGUUGUUUUUGGUGAAUGGCACGGUUCUUCUUCAGACGAAGCACGAGGGAAAAAUAAAUAAGGUCAAUUUUGUCGGGCAGAGCAUUUGUGACGGUGACUGGCACCGGAUCACCAUAUCGCUACAGGGUCUGGUCAUCGGGGUAAGCGUCGACGACCAAGCCUAUAAUGCUCUUCCUAUAAGUGAUUGGUCAACUCUUCCGAACGUACUGACCAAUGGACCAAUUUACAUAGGAGGUCUACCGAAGGGGGUGCGCGAUAUGUCCCUUGUUACAACAUCUUCAUACGGAGGCUGCAUUAAGGAUCUUCGCAUCGAUAUGCCAGAAAAUGACGACUCGGUAAAUACAAUCAGCGGCCUUCCGCCUAGAAUGAAUCUUGCACAGGCUGCUAAGGACAUUAAAGGAGAAGUGUCACUCUCCACGUGUUACAGGACUUGAGCGCAAUACUGACUUCCUUAAGAUAUGAAGCAAAAAAUGGGCAGGAUAUAUUCUAAAUGCUCACAAAAAAAUACAAAAUUUUGAUUGAGUUAAUAUGACUCACUGUAUCACAAAGUGGUUUUGCUGUAAGAACCAUUCGAAAUUACCUCAUGCCUGCAGUACUUAGAUUUGUAUAUCUCGUACAAAUUACUUAACUUUAUAUAAGCAUCAAAUAAAGAUAUAAAUGUCAAUUCAAAUCGGAUGUGUCUAAGCAUGCGAUCCGUUUCUGCUAGAUCCUCUAAGUUAACGAAACCUCUCGAUGCUAACAGCGAUGAACUAGCGAUCUCAAAGUUCAAUCAUAACUUCAAACUGGAGUUCAUUUUCAAAUGCGGUGCGUAUAUAGCUUCAAACAGAAAAUGGUUGCUUAAUUAAAAAAAAAAA